GGUCAGGUGACCGUCCCUCUGCAGCAUGGAGGACGGAUCCAGAAUCCCUGCUCACCAGGUUCCAGGACCCGUGGCCGCCCAGCAUGUCCCAGCGGCACUCGGACGGCGCUCUGGAGGAGAAACUGCUGGAACACCGCUUCCACUCCGAGCUGCGGCUGGACGCCCAGGGGAACCCCGCGUCCCAGCUCCCUAUAGUCCGCGGCUCCCUGAGGUCCAGGACCAAUGCUGCCUUCGAGCCCGAGGCCUCGUCGCCCUCAGGGGACCAGGAACCCCCACCCAUCGUCCUCAGCACCCAGAGCCCCGCAGCCCUCAAGAAGGGCACCCAGCAGAUGAUCCCCAGGAACCUGGCCGUGGCCAGCAGGGCCAAGGCCCCAGCCCGUCACCAGAGCUUUGGGGCAGCUAUGCUUAGCAAGGAGGCCGCACGGAGGGACCCCCAGCUCCUCUCGGUCCCCAGCUUCUCCGUGGACGACAUGGACGUGGACGUGGGCCCCGUGGGGAUGCUGAAGCGAAACCUGCGGAACCAAUCCUACCGGGCGGCCAUGAAGGGCCUGGAGGCUCCCCGCAGCAAAGAGGACGCCCUCCAUCUCAGCCCCAAGCUCCAGGCUCUGGCCGAGGAGUCCAGCCAGCCUCCCGCCCGGGGCCAGGCCAAAAAUAAGAGGACUCUGGGUCGGAAACGAGCGCAUAAGGGCUCCUUCAAGGAUGACCCCGGGUUUUACCAGGAGAUCCGGGAGCGGGGUCUGAACACCACCCACGAGUCCGACGAUGACCUCCUGGACGAACCCUCCAGCCCUGGGGGCACCCGGAGGGUGGACACCACCAUCGUGGUCAAGAGUUACCGGCCUGCCCAGAUCACCUGGAGCCAGCUCCCAGAGGUGGUAGAGUCGGGCCUGCUGGACAGCCUGUCCACGGAGGAGCGCAAAAGGCAGGAGGCCAUCUUCGAGAUCCUCACGUCCGAGUUCUCCUACCUGCACAGCCUGGGCAUCCUGGUGGCCGAGUUCCUGCAGUCCAGGGAGCUGCGGGCAACCAUGACCCAGACCGAGCACCACCACCUCUUCUCCAACAUCCUGGACGUGCUGGCCGCCAGCCAGAAGUUCUUUGAGGCCCUGGAGCAGCGACAUAAGGCACAGGUGUGCGUGGAGGACAUCAGUGACAUCCUGGAGGAGCACGCCGAGCAGCACUUCCACCCCUACGUCGCCUACUGCUCCAACGAGGUCUACCAGCAGCGCACCCUGCAGAGGCUGACAAGCAGCAACAGCUCCUUCCGCGAGGUCCUGCGGGAGAUCGAGAAGAAGCCGGCGUGCGGGGGCCUGCCCAUGAUCUCCUUCCUCAUCCUCCCCAUGCAGAGGGUGACCCGGCUGCCACUCCUGACGGACACGCUGUGCCUCAAGACCCAAGGCCACCCUGAAAGAUACAAGGCCGCCAGCCGGGCACUAAAGGCCAUCAGCAAGCUGGUGAGGCAGUGCAACGAGGGGGCCCACACCAUGCAGCGCACGGAGCAGAUGUACACGCUGCACACGCAGCUGGACUUCAGCAAGGUCAAGUCCCUCCCCCUGAUCUCCGCCUCCCGCUGGCUGCUGAAGCGCGGGGAGCUGUUCCUGGUGGAGGAGACGGGCCUUUUCAGGAAGCUCGCCAGCCGGCCCACGUGCUACCUGUUCCUGUUCAGCGACGUCCUGGUGGUCACCAAGAAGAAGAGCGAGGACAGCUACGUGGUCCAGGAUUAUGCCCAGAUGGACCACCUCCAGGUCCGCAAGCUGGAGCCCUCGGAGGCCUCUCUGCCUGGGGGUGGCAACCGCAGCUCCUCCGUGCCGCACCCCUUCCAGGUGACCCUGCUGCGCAACAGUGAGGGCCGCCAGGAGCAGAUCCUGCUGUCCUCGGACUCCGCGAGUGACCGGGCCCGGUGGAUCACAGCGCUUACCUACAAGGAGAAGCAGUGGAAGGGCCUGACCAACAAAGGAGAGCUGCCCCAGGUGGAGGUCACCAAGGCCUACUUUGCGAAGGAGGCGGACGAAAUCACACUGCAGCAGGCAGAUGUGGUCCUGGUCAUGGAGGAGGAGGCCGGGUGGCUCUUUGGAGAGAGGCUUCGGGACGGAGAGACGGGCUGGUUCCCCGAGGACUUUGCCCGCUGCAUCACCAGCCGUGUGGCCGUGGAGGACAACGUGCGCAGGAUGGAGCGGCUGCGGGUGGAGACCGACGUGUAG